AUGGACGAAGCUCCACGGAAACCCAAGUGCAGGACUCCGUCUGACAAUUGUCAAAGCUCGGAACGACCAAAAAUUCGGUACUUUUUUCUGAUACCCUUAAAAAUAUUUUUUGCCUCUGCGUCGCUUUACCAUGCAUUUCUUCGUCCCGUGACACACAUUAGCAUUUUGUAAAUGUAAUUGUGGUCCGUUAUCGUGCCUCCCCCUUCCUUUUAUUUUUAACAGCUUUACGCACAAUGAAGUUGAGCGAAAACGCAGAGCCAGAUUAAAAUCGGAAACAGAUUUCUUACACCAGCAGUUGCCGCCCGCUAACUAUCGUGAUAAGCUUGCUAUCUUCAAGGCAGGAACCGAUUUGCUGCUACAAUACGCAAGUAAGUUUCCCUCGUCUGUCGAUUCAGUCUUAUGUAGGUACCAACAGCAAUGAAUCGAGGAAACUAAUUCUAACGGAGGAAGAAUACUCCGCUUGCGUGUUAAAUGUAAAGUCAUCCUCUGUGAUCACAUUUUCUCCAGAACUUCGAUGGCUUUGCUCUUCGUAUACGGUGUCGUGAUGGCGCUAUUUUGUCAGUUAAUGGAGAGAUCAAGGAACACCUUGGAGAAGAAUUCGUACGCCACAUAUUGUUUUGCAGCUUUUGGCCUCCGCAGUCUGUUUUAUACUAAACUCCUGAAGUUGAAUUAACACCAGAUCCCUGGGGCGCCUGCGUCUGCACAGGCUGUGCAUAGUCGUCUAGUUAACGGCAAUGUUCUACACAUCUUUGCCAUAUUACUUUCGGGCAACAACGCAUAUUAAGUAUUCCUCAGGAAGGGUCAUCCACUACCGUGGCCACAUUCAAGACCUGUGCUCAAAAUACCCGUAAACUUAUUGGGCAUGAGCAAGUCUCGUUAUUCCCACAGCACGUUACACUCCUAUUGCUACGGGUCUUCUCCUGAAUUGGGUGGGCGGGGUAGCAAGAUAUUAUUGGGAGAAGAAUCCCCUACUGCCGCUUUGUCCCAUUUGCCCCACUGAUACCAAGAAAGCUCAUUUAGCAAAAUAAAGUGAAAUUUUCCGCUAUUACUAUUUGCUGCCUUAUGCUCCGCGCUGACAUCCUCCUUGACUGUAUGCAUAUAGAGGUAGGCCAGUACGAAAGUCGAAUUCGCCUCACUACAAUACUGUUUAAUUUUCGUGGUUUUUUGUAGGCGGAUUGCGUCGGAAAAACUUUGUACGACUUCAUUGCGGCUGACAGACUUGCUGAGGGUGUUAUUAGGCAGAAUUUAGCUCUCGACACAGAAGACAUCGAGGCUCUGACGGCUGGACGUGAGUUACUACUUCAUUCUCAUGUAUCUUCUAUUAGGCUUGUUCCGUCCUCUAUGCUCGCGAGUUUGGAAUUUUAUUAGCUUUAAAAUGUGCCACUAUCAUUGCUUGCUUCAAGUUACUCAUCGCAAACUGUAGUGUCUUUUUUUCAAUAACCAAACCAUCUGCGGACGAUAGUCAAUGGGGGACGCAUUGUUCCUUGGGCGCAGACUUUGGCAGUCGUGCGUUGCUCGAAUUAACGGCUACCGGUCACCUGUUUUCGAGGUCAACAAUAUAUUUUGCCACUGUCGUAAUCAGUCGGCAACAAGCAGGCAAGUGAGAUAGGGCAAGCAUAAUCGGAUAGAAUGAUCGGAACGACUGGGUUCUCCGGAGUUCGACUUGAUUCGCCCUACAAUUGGCGUGUCGGUACUGAAAUGCUAACUGGAACAAAUGAAGCAAAUGCAUUCAGCGCAAAGGGUUUUCCCCUGUCUGUAUUUUCGCUCCCGAGCAGUAAACGACUGCAAAGCGGACCAUAAAUCUAAUCACCAUUAGUAUUUCUGACACACCAGUCAAAAUUCUGUACUCAAAGUCGUAAUUGUCUCUGCGUCGACGCUUUGUUAUUUAAGAGGGAGAGAUCUCGUCAACGUGGUUGAGAACCGAGUUUAAUUAUUUGGAAAAGAUGUCAUUUGUGCGAACUAUCGUAAGAAUAUUGUUCCUCCCUCUUGAAUUACUUUUAUCAGACUCUCCGUUCUCGUGGUUCGAAAUUUCUAUUGACCUAACGAAAGUAGACUUGUUGAUGCCCUGCGCACCGUUUGUCACGUUUUGGAACGCCCGAAUGAUUGCUGCCUUUUCUCUCUAAGAAACACUCGGCAGACAUUUUGUCCUACCCUUGGCCGGACCGUCGCCGGAUUGUUACUUUGUGGAAUUUUGUGGAGACAUCAGUAAGUUGCAAGUUGGAACUUCACCAGUUUCCUCCUUAUUUAUGGUAGUAAAAGGUGUUUGAUACACUGACCCCACAGAGGACUUGACGCGGCACUUUUUCGCCCAUCACCACUUAUGCAACUUCUUCGUACUGUAUUUUCAUGUUGAUCCUAUGGCCCUUUUCUCCCGCUUUUGUAGUUUUACCUCGGCAACAAGAUCGAACCGCAACUAGCGCGUCGGCUUCUAGCGACAGUAUUUUCCAAGCCUUGUGUAAAAGACUGGAACUCUGCGAAUCUGCCUCCUCAUACGGAGCUCUAUUUUCCAUGCGUCUGCAGCCUGGCACGUUUAACGUGCUGGAAAUUAGUGGUCGGUGAGUGUCUGGCUUUUUCCCCAUCUGAAUCCAAAACCUGUACAAAGAUUUCUCAUGGCUGAUACAUACUUUGCACUGGAAUGUAAGAACGACCAUGACCCGCGCGUUGCCCGUGCGCCAAGACCGACAGGCAGCCGGUGUUGGGGCACCUGUUGACGAUCUACAGAAAUGCAGUCUAAAGCGCACAAAAAUCCCGUGGGCUUGCAGAGCUUAAUGACUUUAAGCCUUCGGUUGUGGUUAAACUCGUAGCAUUUACUUUUUUGAACGCUUCUCCUUCUUUUGACGCACGCUGUCAAAAUCGCGCCUCAGCCGUCCAAGUUUUCCCUUUCGUGCUCAAAAUCGCCCAGUCCUGGUACGCACAAACGCUCCGACAUCAAAAUAACGCGCGGAUCAAAAGUGGAAAAUUUUGGCGACUUUAAGAAGCGGUACAUCCAGGGAUGCGCCGAAAUUGACGGCUGCUUUAGCCUUUGUGCAGAUCUCUUGCUGGAAUCCGCAGUAGUACUUGCUGUAGCUGUCGCCAUUUUUACUUUUUUUUAACCGCACUCCCUUAUUAGCUUGAUUAUAUGUACGCAUAAAUUAAUCGCAUAAUAGUGAACUAAUGUACACGCUUACUACAAUCUGGCGCCACCUCAAAUUCAUGUUUAUCACGAGGUCGUAUAUUAUCAGAUUGUAAUCACGAAAAUUCCACUACGUGAUAUACCCCUUCGCUAUACGACUGGAGAAGGCACACAUUCAAGUAAUCAAUUGGUGAAUGGCCGCGUUUCUAACCUAUUUGUCUAACCUUUGUGGCUUAUUCUUAUCUUAGGUAUGUGCCCCCAGAAAUGGUUCCCGAAGAUGUGCUGGGAAAAUCGCUCCUUGACCUUGUUCACGUGGAUUUCAGGUCUGCAACUGAAAGCAGUUUACAACAAGGCAAGUUAACCUGUGUAACUUGCCUGUGGAUUAUGGAAACGAGUUUCCGAAAUAUAUAUAUACCACCUGAUUUACAUCACUCUACUAGUCGCUGUGCGACUGCCUGCGAGGGUUCUAGUAUGAGCCCCAAGGCACAACGGAACGAGCAUGUUCCGUAACCUGAUCGGCGAGCGCCCACUGUCAUAAUAUAUAUAUAUAUAUAUAUAUGGAUAUAGGCAAAAAUUCUGACCCCAGGUGUUAAUAUGGAAGAGGAGGAUGAGGCGAUCUCUGGGGAAGAAGGUUUAUUCAUCUUACGUUUCGUGUUCAUGCUCGAGCACAUCAUCGGAGAUGAUGUGACACAGCUGCGAGGGGUUCGGCUCUUCAGUGGGACCCCCAGCGUUCUGUCGCGGUUUCUGGUAUAUGAACUCCAGAGAAUAAUCAGGUGAAUAAUUUCAGAAAUUAAUCAGUGCAGGACUUGGAGUUAAAUCUCCGGGACAUUCAGUCUCGUAAUGUCCAUUUACAUCGAGUAAACUAACCGAUUUCAUGCUUUCCUUACAGGUGGACGCUCUGUUUCUUCAACGUGCAGUACGCGAUUGGUAACUUCGGAUACUUGUUAUUCGGCGCAUGUCAAUAGUAUCAGCCUGAGUGACUACAUCCACUGCCUCGUUGUCGACUUUUUACCAGCAUAA